AUGUCGUGGCUCAACAAUCUCAACGUCGCCAAGCUCGCCGAGCAGGCUCAGGCAGCGGCGUCCAAGCUCGGGGACGAGCUCGACAAAGGGUUCGACAUGCUCGACGAGGGACUGGAGAAAGGGAUGAACGCGGCGAAGGAGGCCAUGAGGGACGACGAAGACGACGGAGAUCGAGCCGGCGCGAUGGGAGGUGCCGCCGCGCUGGGAGCGGUGGGUGGCGCGUCCGCCGUGGCGAUGUCGCGACGGAACGACGAGGCUGACGAGAUCGAGGUGACGCUGCGACGCAACCUCGCGGUCGCCCACUCGGAGAUCACGCGGCUCGACGAGGAGCUGCGGGCCGCCCGCGCCGACGCCGACGCCGCGCGGGAGGACGCGUCGAGGUUCGCCAAACAGGCCGCGGCGGCGACGAUGAAGGCCGCGGGGACCACGCCCACGAAAGAACCCAAACCCUCAACUGACGACGACGCCGAGAGCCAAGAGGAACUGGCCAAGGCCAGGUCCGAGGCGAACGCGUACAAGGAGAAGUUCGCAAAGGCGGUUAAGAAGGGAAAGGGCAUCGCGCUGGAGCUCGACGGCGCCAACAAGGAGCUGGACGCGGUGAAGCGUCGACUGGACGAUGCGCUUCGAGAGGCGGAGACGUCGCGACGUAAGAUGGAGGAUGCGUACGCGGAGGUUGCGAACAAGGAUGCCGAGCUCGAGUCCAAGGAGCACGACGACCCGAGCGACGUCGCUAAGCUCAAGGCGGCGAAGGAAGAGAUCGCGUCGCUCGAGCAGCACGUCGAGAAACUGGAGGUGAGCGUCGCGGAGGUGAACAGGGAGGCUGCGAAGGAGCUCGGCGCGGCGCGGAAGGAGGCGACCGAGCUCAAGGAGAAGUUGGCCGCGGCAGAACGGGAGCUAGCCGAGGUACGAACAAACUCGGAGAAGUCGCGGGCACAGCUGUCGGCGGACACCGACGAUUCCAAACCCGACGCCGCCGCAACGCUGGCGUCGAUCGAGGCCAAGCACCAGGCGGAGGUGGAGGCUGCGCGGGUGGAGGCUGAAGGGCUCAAGGCUGAGGUUGAAUCCGUCAAGGCCAAACUGGAGGCUGAGGUUGAAUCCCUCAAAGCCAAACUGGAGGAUGCGCAGUCGAAGGACGCGAAGGUUGACUCGGAGCCAUCCGAUAACGCGGGCCAUCCGAGCGAAGAACUGGACGCCCUGCGCGCCCAACGGGAGGCGUCCGAAUCCACCGUGUCCGAGCUCAGGGCUGAGCUGAAGUCGGUCACCGAACGGCUCGAGGAGGCGGACAAGGCGCGUAGUUUGAUGAAGCUCGAGGGCGAGGGUUCCGAGAAGGUCGUGGAGGCGUUGCGGGCCGAGGUUGACAGACACAGGCGCGCCGCCGAGGAGGCCAUCGCCGCCGCGACCGAGACGCAGAACGAACUCGAGAAAGCCGACGCCGACCGGGUCAAGGCGGUGAAAUCGCUCGAAUCCAAGGUUGGAGACCUCGGCGCCGAGCUGGAGGCUGUCAAGGCGGCCAAGACCGCCGCCGAGAGCGCAAUCGCCGAGGAGGAAGCUGCGCGACGAGGCGCGGAGGACCGGGCGGACGAUCUCGAAAGGCGCGUCGCCGAACUCGAGCGGAACGAGGCGACCGAGCGCGAGGGCAGGUCGGGGGCGUCGAGGCGCGUCGCCGAGCUGGAGGACUCGGCGGCGCGGAUGAAAAAGGAGAUGAAAGAGAAAGACGCCAAACUGGCAAACGAGACUGAACGCGCGGCGGAUGCCCAGGCUGCCGCGGGAAGAGCCGCGGCCGCCAUGGCGGACGUCGCCAAAAAGCUCACCGAGGCUAACGCCGGCAAGAAGGCGGCGGAAGAUCAGCUGAACGAGCUCAGGCAAAGGGUUGAGAACCUCGACCAAACCGUGGAGGACGCCGCCAAGGCUACGGAUGCGAGGGACGCCGCGGUGUUGCAAGCCGCCGCCGCGGAACAGCGCGCGCGGGCCGCGGAUCAACGCGCGGAGGAGGCCGUCGCCGCCGCAGCCGAGACGGCGAAGGAGGGCGAGGAGCGCAAGCGCCGAUUCGCCAAACUCCAGGAACAGUUCAAGGAGCGGGAAGAGGCGCUGUUGGCACGAGCCGAGGAGGCAGAGCGCGCCGUACAAACGCAAAACGAUACGCCGUCGGCGGAGAUGGAGCAGAUGGUGGGCGAAGCGAUCGAAGAGGCCGAGGCGGCGACGAGGGAGGCGCGGGAGGAGUCGGGAAAGCUCCGCGCGCAGGCGGAUCGGCUCGCGGCGGAGCUGGACGCGGUGACGAGGCGGACUGAGGAGCUGGAAACGGACCUCGCCGACGCGAGGAGCAAGGCGUCGGCGCUGGAGGAGAUGGCCAAGGUUCGAACGGAGACGUCGAACGUCAUUCAUCGUGGGGGAUCAGGACCGGGCGGUAUAAGGGACGGUGGCCAAACGGGCGUGGACGUCGCCGCCAUCGAGGCUGCCGCGGUCAAGAGGGGCGCCGAGGCUGCGUCGGACGAGGUCAGGCGCGCUCGAGCCGACGCCAAAGCCGCGAGGGACGAGGUCGAAUCCCUCAAGGCUCGCCUCGAAACAACGGGCGUAAGGUCUAACCCUAACCCUAACCCUAACCCUAAAGACGUCCACGCCGCGGACGAGAACGACCUGGCCGCGCGGGAGCGGCUCGCGCGCGUCCUCGCGCGGCUCAGGGGCUCGUCGUCGACGCCGGGACAAGAACCGGGCUCAAACGAUUCGUCGCUGUGGAGUUGGGCUUUCGGUUCUUCAGAGGAGAACGCCGCCGCGGAGGCGCGGGCGUCGAGCGCGGGAGUUGGCUUCGAGGGCACGAACGACACGAGCUCCCUCCCUCCCCCGCUGGAAACGCUCAUCGCCGACUUCGAAUCCGCCGAAUCCGGCGCGUGGGCGCACGAGACGCUGGAACAGGCGAGGAGAGUCGCCGCCGACGCUACGGCGAGGGCGGCCAAGGCGGAGGCUGCUCUCGGCGCCAGGGACGAAUCCAACGCCGCCGCCGCCGUGACCGCCGCGGCGUCGCAGACGGCGCAGGCCAAGCGCGCCGCCGCCGCCGAGGAGCUCGUGCAGGAGGUGGCCGCCAAGCUCGAAAAGGCGGAGAAGAGGUGCAGGGAUCUCGAGUGGCAGGUGUCCAUGCUGGUGGACAAAAACGAGCUCGGGUUGGGCGGCGGGAAAGGUCAGGCUUCGACGAACGGCGUCGGUCCGGGUCCCGCGCCGGGCGGUGACGCGCCGAGGGGACCCGGUCAGUGGCUGCAGAAGGCCAUCAAGGGCUGCGUCGCGCCCAGGCCGGGACGAGGCGGCGGAUGA